AGUGGUGAGUAGGGUUUUGAUUGUUGAGAAUUGAGAUAUGGGUCGCAGUUUGUCACGCUCCCCAUCACGCAGAAGAAGAUAUUCUCCUUCCCCUGUUUCUCAUCGCCACUCUCGAACUUCAAGGCACCACAACCACAAGCGCCGCUCAAGGCACACUACCAGCAGAAGCUCUUCUUCCCUCUCUCCUUCGCCCAAAAAACCCCAACAAUCAAACAAAAGGCGUCAACAUGAGGAAGAAUUGAAACUGUUGGAAGAAGAGACUGCAAGAAGACUCGAAGAAGCAAUUCGGAAAAACGUUGAGGAGAAGCUUAGCUCGGAGGAAGUCAAAUUAGAAAUAGAAAGGCGCAUAGCGGAGGGAGUGAAGAAAUUGUUUGAUGAUGUUGAAGCACAACUUGAAAAAGAGAAGGAAGAUGCUCUUACUGAAGCUAGAAGGAAAGAACAACAAGCUCGGAAAGAAAGAGAAGAGCUAGAUAAGAUGCUUGAAGAGAAUAGGAGGCGAGUGGAAGAAUCUCAGAGAAGGGAAGCUCUGGAGCAGCAAAGAAAGGAGGAGGAACGUCAAAGGGAAUUAGAGAUGAUUCAGAGACAGAAAGAAGAGGCUGCGAGGAGAAAGAAGCUGGAGGAGGAAGAAGAACAUGCGAAUAGAAUUAAUUCUUUGGGUAAGAACAAAUCUAGGCCAAAGUCUUAUGGUUUUUAAUUACUAUUAUGGGAUGUCAAUUUGUACCCUAACGUAUUUGUACCCUUGUUUGGAA